AUGUUUAAUCCACACAUUUUAGAGACUCCUGCCGUCAUCUUUGACAAUGGCUCAGGGCUAUGUAAGGCUGGCGUGUCUGGAGAGAUAGGUCCUCGGCAUGUCAUCACUACAGUUGUUGGGCAUCCCAGGUACAAAAUGGGAAACAACGAGCAGAAUCAGAAACUGUACUAUGUUGGGGAGGAGGCCUUGUACAAGGGCGAGUCCUUAUUUUUGCAGAAUCCAAUUGAACGAGGCAUCAUCACAUUGUGGGAUGACAUGGAGCAGCUAUGGAGACACCUCUUUGAUUGGGAACUUGGGAUUAAGUCCUCUGAGAGACCAGUACUCAUGACAGAACCAUCUUUGAACCCCAGGAACAACCGGGAGAAAAUGGCAGAGUUGAUGUUUGAGAGCUUCAAAGUACCAGCGUUCUACCUAUCUGACCAAGCGGUCUUGGCUCUCUAUGCAUCAGCCUGUGUCACGGGGCUAGUGGUGGACAGUGGAGACAGUGUCACCUGCACGGUCCCUGUGUUUGAGGGGUAUUCCUUGCCUCAUGCAGUUUCCAAACUUUAUGUGGCAGGGAAGGAUAUUACUGAGUAUCUCCUGCGACUGCUGAUAAACAGUGGGAGGACCUUCCCUUGUACACUAGACAAAGGAUUGGUGGAUGACAUCAAAGAGAAGCUGUGCUAUGUGGCCUUAGAUCCACAAAAGGAGCUGAGCAGGAGACCUGAGGAAGUCUCAAGAGACUACAGACUUCCUGAUGGGAACAUCAUCCGUUUUGGAGACCAGUUGUUCCAGGGACCUGAGGUUCUCUUUGACCCAGAAGAGCUUGGUAUACAGUUACCUGGGCUCUCCAAAAUGGUUCCCAACAGUAUCCUGAAGUGUGAUACUGACAUACAGAAGUCUCUUUUUGGGGACAUUCUGCUCUCCGGUGGCUCUUCCCUAUUUCCAGGGCUAGAUGACCGCUUAAUGAAGGAAACAGAACAGCAAGCCCCAAAGGACAUUCCCAUCAAGAUAACAGCCCCUCCAGAUAGAUGGUUCUCCACAUGGAUUGGAGCCUCCAUUGUGACAUCACUGAGCAGUUUCAAGCAGAUGUGGGUCACUUCUAUGGAUUACAGAGAAUUUGGGACAUCUGUGGUUCAAAGAAGAUGCUUCUAA